AUGGGUCCGUCUAGUUCAUCAUAUACACUACAAGUCUUUUGGAGCAUUCUGGAGCAUAUGGGACGUGAGGAGCAUGGAGGGACUUGGCACAUGGACGCAGCUCAACUGGAUACGCAAAGGAAGAAGGGAGAAGCCAUCUUGAAGACCAGCUCGACCACUCUCGACUCGAACUCGAACUCGAUCGAGCUGAGAAGUCAACAGUCAAACCCGAAAAAUGUUGCUUCCCCCUUGACUUUCCUUUGA